AAUCUAACACGUACCGGAAAAAUCAACAACGCAAUGAAUAAAGACUAUUGUUUUAACUAAUCCAUUUUAGUCGCUGCUGUAACUACACAGUGUGCACAGUUUUGGAUUGAAUAAAUAUUACUACAAAAUUCAACUGAAAAAUGGAAGAUCCAGUAGCUAGGAAGGUAGAGGAUAAUAGAAGAGUAUAUACAUAUCCACUGUUAAAAGUGAGUUUGUCAACUGGAUAUAGAGGGCUUAUAUUAAAAUACAAAUCUCCUGAUAUUUAGGAAAGCACCCUAAUCUCCCAAAUUUAGGGGAACAUCCGCAAAGUCAAAUGAAAUUCUACCUGAUCUGAGAGAGUUUCCUAAAAUUAUGGUUUUUUGCAAUAUCUAUGUAGUCUCAUAUUCACAAAAGUUUUGAGGGAUUCCUUUCAAAACCUGGAGGUUGUGUCCAGUGGCAUAUAAACAAAACAGAAAUGAAAGACGUAUCAGUAGUUCAGUAUAGGACACUAUUUUGAACCCAUAAGAAAAUAUACAAUUUUUUUACUCGGAAAGACCUAAUAAAUGAACAAGUCAUUAUGAAUAUUAGAAAAUAUUCAAUAAUGAACUGCUUUACUGCGAUCGGAAAUUCAUAGACAGUCCAUUUUUGAAGCAAACGAUUCGUUCCUACAUAUCAAAUGAGAAAAGUUAAAAAUACUAAAAGCUAAGCGAAAACGCACAUGACAGCUCAGAGUGUGCUUUGCAGUUAAUAAUUCAUGAGUGAGUCGUAUGGAUUUUCUUAGAAAUAGCUUAUGAUUUUAGGGCGAAACGAUUGUCUUUAGAUGAAACCGUCAGAUUCAAAAUCGCAGGUCUUGGAUAUUAGCGCCAAAUCUAUCUAUGUACAUGUCUAAGUAUCAUUCUUGCACUAUAGCUGAUGUCAUUUCAGGACAAAGAUCAUGAUCCCUAGUUCCUAACCCUCACGUCCGACUGUAAGUUACAGUAUUAACUCCUCAUGCUAACUUAUAACACUCAUAUGACUCUGAUAAGCAGGUGAACAUUCUAUAAGUCGAUCACUGAUUCACUUAAUACAGUAUCAGCGAUUUUAAAUUGCUAGAGGAAUUAGGGCACCUGAAGUUUUCUCCAUUAACGACAAUUGUGGUAGAGAAUCACUUAGAUUGUUGCAGUUUCUAUUAGACACAUUCCAGGGUUUUAACCUGCUAACCUUUAAAGUUAUCACAUCAUCGUGAAGUACCAACCUCUCGUUUUGAUAAUGGUUGUCUCGCAAAAGCUUUAAAGCGUUAUCGGUAGGUAGAAGUAUUUCGUAAGGUAGUCACGUAAAUUAUCAUAGACUAAGAAUCCUGAUAUUUUUUCGAGUCACCCAAAUUUACUUCGAAAAUUAGAGUGGUGCUAACCGACUUUCGCUUACUUGUGACUGCUUUUGAAACCUAAACACACGGAUAUAAAAAAUAGACUUUCGUUGCAUAUCUUAGUAUUGUGUUGUUACGAAGCAAGAUUUUAAGCAACACAUACUUUGGUAACUUCUAAGUUACUGUACAUUUCAUAUUACUCUGUAAUUUCCCCCAUAAUACUUCCCUGGAGAUUUAUGAAGAGUUUGUUCUAUGUUUCAUAGGUCUUCCUUGAAAUAUGUUAGUAGUAUUAUUGGUGCGUCUUUUGAUUUUAUUAUGAACGUAGUUUCAGAAAAGCAUUUAAAACCUUUUAAAUAGGAAGCAGGUGUUAUUUUAUUAAAUAAAAACCACUUACUUUACCUACAACUUUCACACUGUCUAUCGUUCAAUAGAAUAGUAAGCUAGUUUUUUGAGAUCUACUAUUGAAAAGAGAAAUACCCCCUUAAGUGAUUUAAUUAGUACAAAUAGUGUACGAUGAACAAGUUAUCAGGGAACUAACCGAAUAAUUUUGUUAUUAAAAGUACGUACAUAUCAAUAAUUUUUUUAAAUGUUUUGAUUAUUUUUGGUUUUUAUCACACACCUAAGUAUAAACAUCUUAGAACAUGGAUGAAGAAUACGAGGAAUAUUUUAGCGUCCCAUUCUAUUUAUUUACUGAAUUAAACACAUUAUCAAAUAAAGCUAUUAUUUUUUUAGCACUAUAUCAACAAGCUUUGAGUAUAAUGAGCGGUGCAAAUAUGUGCCUGGUCCUACGUUGUAGUUGACUGACUGACGAUUGUUUCAGAAUUUAUUAUGAGAAGCGGUGAAUGAUAAAAAUGGAAUGAUUGGAGUAGACACCAAAAACAACUUUAGAUCACUGUUAGGACUCACCUCAGAGACUUGGUUGACAAAUAAGCUUCUAUCGUGGUAGAACUGGUGCUUUUGGAGGACAGCUCAAUGAGUCUUUUGAUAAUCUCAUUGCCCAGUAUAACCCAAGCCUUAAUGAAAAAUUGGGACGAGCCCUCGAUUUUGACGAGGCAUUAAUAACUGAAAGAGAAAGACGGCUCAAGAACACUAACAGUUUAUUCAUAAGACCUUAAAAAUUAGUGGUUCACUGUUCCCACCAAAAUCGAUAUAAUAUAUGGUCUAGGAUAUAGAUGUGUUUUCAUCCGACCCCUCGUUAUUGCUGGUCGAGGUAGUCUACAUAACAGGAUACGAAUACUGUGAAAAUCACAAAAGCAUAAAUUUAACCAGUACAGUGUUGGAUAAAUUAACUUACACGACCAUCUGACUACUGAAUAGAGCGCAGGAAAAUCAAAUUCGGCUGGUGAAUUUCUAAAAUAAUUAACCUUGGGUAUGCUUUAGGAUAAUGUUAAACAUAGCAACCCACGAAUCCGUCGACUAAAUGAUGUUCAUUAAGGCUACCCACUUUCAAGAAAUUUCGUAGCAUUAGACAAAACUAGCGCUAGCUAAGCCCACAAACUACUUCUAACAGUUGUAUCAACACUGUUUAUUAAAUGUAUAUGCAGCGUUCUGGCUGGUGAAAUCAUCUAUGAAUAAAUUUGAGCCCUAGUUAUGAAUAUUGACCUUAAGAAGUAGAUCAGCAUAUCAGAAUUUCGUUCUGUAACCAGUAUAACAAUACCUUAAACUACCGAUAAAUUGUUUGAUAUGUAACUUUAGAUUGCUUGUAGUUUUUUCUCCAUCAUUCCUUCUAGCAUAGUGAUAUGAAUGAAGAUAUGCAGACUGAAGUAAUGGAACUAUGUGUGACAGCAUGUGAAAAAUUCUCAACUGAUAAUGAGGCAGCAGCUCGUUUCGUAAAAGAAACUAUGGAUAAAAAGUACGGAGCGGCAUGGCAUGUAGCUGUUGGUGAAGGUUUUGGUUUUGAAAUUACCUAUGAUAUUAAAAACAUUUUAUACAUGCUAUGUGGUGGAAAUUUAGGCAUAAUUGUCUGGAAAUGCUGCUGAUAAUAAUUACAGGAUGUAAAUAUUUCAAAAAGGAAUAAGAAUACGUGUACACUAUUUAAAAUGUAUAUCUUAAUAGUAAUCUAUAUUUUGACAAGCUUUUCGUCAUAUUUUACUGUUAUGUUGAAGUUACCGAGUCCAAAAAGAUAAAAGCAAAUAAAUAUAUUAACUAUCAUAAAUUUCACUGGAUUCCAAUCACUUUUUUAACAUACGAUAUUUUCCAAUUAACAGAAAACCUCUUAUGAACUAAAACAUCUAAAAUACUUCAAUCAUUUUUACCAAUAUGUAUAUACUUAGAUUUGUAAUAUAUCUUUUUAAAAUAUAUCUAAGUUUGUAACUAAACACAACAUCUAAAACAAGAAAAAAACCCAUUAGUGUUAUAACAAGAAAUAGAAAUGGUUCAGU